GAAUGCAGCAAAUAAUGGUGUGCAGGAAUUUCCUGGUUUCCUCUUAAAUACAAGAAGACUUUCCCUUCCUGAAUUUAAAAUAUUUGUGGUUAAGGGGAAUUAUGGGGACAACUUACCCAUUGCCGAAUUUUCAACAAAUUUGGCAUGGCUUAGCUGUACUGGAACUGCUGAUAGAAAUCUCCCACUGAAAAUGGAAAAUUUAAGAGUUUUAGAAUUAUACAAAUCCAGGCAGUUAGUAGGCUUGUGGAAGGAUGUGCUGGAAGUCAGUAACUUUGCUCUGCGAUUCUUUCUAAUGUGUAGUUUUAAUUAUAUAUUAUUGUUCUAUUUUGUUCCUUGUAACCAAAUUGCAAAUUUGUGGCAGGCUCCAAUGCAGUUAAGAGUGUUGAUUGUUUCUGAUUGCCCUAAAUUGGGAAGAAUUCCAAAAUCCAUAGAAUGCCUCAAGAAGUUGAAACAGAUGUCCCUGUGUGGGUGCAAAAAUGUUAAGGGACUGCCAGAGGAAUUUUGCCGUCUUGAAUUGUUGGAGCAUCUGCAGUUAAAACACUGUGAAAAGCUAUCAUCACUGCCUAGCUGCUUUGGUGAAUUGAUAAACCUUCGACAUCUAGAUUUGAGUUAUUCUUAUAAACUGAGAAGGUUGCCAGAUUCUUUUAAAAAGAUGAAGUUGCUGCAACAUCUUAAUUUAAGUUGGUGUAAAAGGCUUGUCUUACAGCCAGACAUCCUGGAGAAAAUGACAAAGCUCGAGUAUUUGAAUUUUUCAAAUUGCUUCAAAUUGAGAAAUUUGCCUGGUCACAUCACAAAGCAACCUGCCUUGAGAGAGCUCUAUUCAGAGAAAACCUACUUAAGGGAGCUCCCAAUGGACAUUGGUCAACUGAGCAAUUUGAGAGUUCUAAAGAUUGGUUCACAUUUCAAAAUCCAAGCUUUACCGGAGUCUAUGGGGAAUCUCAAUCAUUUAGAGCACUUAGCAUUGGACUCUUUAAAGGCUCAGUCUUUACCAAUAUCAUUUACACGACUGAUCAAUCUUCAAACUCUGGAAAUUAGCAGUGCCCAAUCAGAAAAUUGGAUUGUGAGCAGGGGCAAUUUACCUCGUUGUCCAAGGUAGAUCUAUACAAAACAAAAAUGUCUAUGAUUUCAAUUUCUGAAGAAUCUUGUCCCCGUCUUGUAACUCUUGCACUUCGGCAUAUUCAGCAUUUAAGGAAGGUUGAACCCCUGCCAACAACUAUGGAGAAAAUAGAAGUCAUAAACUGUCCAAACUUGGAGAAGCUUCCAAGUUUCUCUACAUUAGCUUCUUUGAAAGUAUUUGAACUGCGAGCUCUCCACAAUAUUGAGAAGUUAGAAGGUUUGCAACACUGUACAUCAUUGGAGAAUCUGCUAAUAACAGACUGUCCGAAGUUGAAUGUGCUUCCAAGUUUUGCAAAAUUAGCUUCACUGAAAGCAUUUGAACUCAGAAAGGGCAACAAAGUGGAGAAGAUACAAGGUUUGGAGCACUGCUCAGCAAUGGAGCAGUUGGUGGUAGAAAACUUCCUAGGAGGUGCCAGGCAUAGAAAGCUUGGAGCAGAUGCAUAGAUUGAGAAUGCUGCAACUCGUUGUAAAGAAGAAAGCAGCGCUUGAGCCUUGUAUAUCAAAGAUACAGAAACAGAAAUGGCCUGGAGAAAUAAUAAUAUGCACUAAGGCAGUCCCUGAUGCGGAAUCACUUCUAAAAUCUUCGGCCUUUCCCAAUCUCUCUGUCCUCCACUCCUUUGCGAACAAGAAAAUCCAGUUCUCUGACUCUUUGCGUACUGCCAUCUUACCCUUCUUAGAGCUAAAAGUGCGAGGAAACAGUUCCUCCAAUGACAACGCCACAAUGCUAUGUUUGGUUAUAAAUUGUGUCUCUCCACGCAUGGAAUUAGUUAUAAUGGAGGACGAUCCGAUUUAUAAAAGAAAGGAUGAUCCUAUUUACAGAAGCAUGGGUGAUCCUAGUUCCAAAAGUGUGGAUGAUACAAUUGAUAAUUUAUCUUCAACUGAGAUUGAAAAGGGUAAAUGGAUAUGGUUAGGUGUCUUCAAGCAAUGUUCUACUUUCCUUGCUGCACCUAUACACCGCAUAGUUGAAAGAAGAAACGAUGGUUUGUUUGGAAAACUAAACCGCCAACACAGUGAAGUGGAGAAGGGAUUGCUUGUGACAGGGCACGAAAAUAACAUCAUGGAGUCUUUCCACCACAUAUUAAAACUUCUGGGAGAUUAAUAUUGUUAUGAAACAUGAGCUCAAUUCUAGUUUAUCUGUAAUGUGUGGUGAGGAGUCCAUUGCACACAGUCUGAGAGAGGUUCUUCCGAAAGAGUUUUAAGUGGAGCCACCCUGUGAACGAUCCUACAGAUUCUUCUCUCAGUAAAAAAGAAAAUUGUUAUGAAA